AUGCCGGUCGCUUCCAGGAGCCACACCAGAAACAAUCGUGGUAAAGUGAUUAGGCCUCUGCAGUACCAGUCCACCGUGGCACCAGGCACAGUGGCAAGAGUGGAACCAAAUAUUAAAUGGUUUGGAAAUACUCGUGUGAUCAAGCAGUCGUCUCUGCAGAAAUUCCAAGAGGAAAUGGAGACUGUUAUGAAGGAUCCGUACAAAGUGGUCAUGAAGCAAAGCAAGCUGCCGAUGUCCCUUCUCCAUGAUCGAAUUAGACCUCAUAAUUCCAAAGUCCACAUUCUUGACACAGAAACUUUUGAAACGACCUUUGGCCCCAAAUCGCAAAGGAAAAGACCAAAUCUUUCUGCGAGUGAUGUGCAGUCUCUUCUGGAGAACGCUGAGGCCUCCGCAGGGACCUAUGACCAGGGCAAGGACCGAGACCUGGUGAUGGAAGAUACUGGAGUGAGGGAUGAAGCACGAGAGGAGAUCUACAAGAAGGGACAGUCCAAAAGAAUCUGGGGUGAGCUUUACAAAGUGAUUGAUUCGUCUGAUGUUAUUGUGCAAGUUCUUGAUGCUAGAGAUCCUGUCGGGACUCGUUCCCCACAUGUCGAAUCUUACCUCAAAAAGGAGAAACCGUGGAAACAUCUCAUUUUCGUCCUGAACAAAUGUGACCUUGUCCCUACUUGGGCCACCAAACGCUGGGUUGCAGUCCUCUCCCAGGAUUAUCCGACACUUGCUUUCCACGCCAGUCUCACAAAUCCCUUUGGCAAAGGAGCCUUCAUACAGCUGUUACGGCAGUUCGGAAAGUUGCACACAGACAAGAAACAGAUCAGCGUGGGCUUCAUUGGCUAUCCAAACGUUGGCAAGAGCUCAGUGAUUAAUACGUUACGAUCCAAGAAGGUCUGCAACGUGGCCCCCAUUGCCGGUGAAACAAAGGUCUGGCAGUACAUCACCUUGAUGCGGCGGAUCUUUCUCAUUGACUGCCCAGGUGUGGUUUAUCCAUCGGAGGAUACAGAAACUGACAUUGUGCUGAAGGGAGUGGUUCAAGUUGAAAAAAUAAAGAGCCCUGAAGACCAUAUCAGUGCAGUGCUCGAAAGAGCGAAGCCAGAGUACAUCAGCAAGACGUACAAAAUUGAUACCUGGAAAAGUGCAGAGGAUUUCCUUGAGAAGCUAGCCUUCCGGACUGGAAAACUGUUAAAGGGUGGAGAACCUGACAUGCAGACUGUGAGCAAAAUGGUCCUCAAUGACUGGCAGAGGGGCCGUAUACCAUUCUUCGUUAAACCACCGAAUGCAGAGCCAGGCCCUCAGCCCUCAUCUUCUUUAGAAGUAGCUGCAGUGCCAAGCCAAGCUGACAGUGAUGAGCAGAGCUCAGAGGCUGUAGCUUCAAACACAGAGUUGGUAGAGGAAGGGGAGAACAAAGCGAACGCAGAAAUGAAGCAACUCAUGUCUCACGUCCGGCAGAACUUUGGGAAGAUUAAUGUGGCAACUCAUUUCUUGGAAGAAGACCUGGUUCCUGUAGCUAUGUCAGAUAUUGACAAGAUGGACAGCGAUCCUUCUGGAGGAGAGGAGGAGGAGGAGGAAGAGGAAGAACAGCAGCAAAACUUAGCUGAGGAUGACUCCAACUCCCAUAGAGAAGCUGCCAGGGAGGGCUCCAAGGCGGUUAUUAAGGUUUUGGAGGAAAAGAUUGCAAAAUACAAAAAAUUCCUGGACAAAGCCAAAGCCAAGAGAUUCUCAGCAAUAAGAAUCCCCAGAGGGCUCAGUGAAAAGGUAUUCACAACAUCGGAGCAGAAGUCUGAAGAAACCAAAGAACCAGAGGCCAGAGGGUGCACCAAAAAGGGAAAGAAAAGGAAAGCACAAGAGGACGAGGAGGAGGAUGCCCUUCAGGGUAAAAAGCCAUGCAAGAAGCUUACAUCCAAAGAAAGGAGAAGAGCUGAGAGGCAGCAGCACACCAAGAAAGUUGGGGUCCGAUACUAUGAAACUCACAAUGUGAAAAAUAAGAACCGGAACAAGAAAAAAAGUGACUCGGAGGGACAGAGAUCAAAACACAAGAAAUUUAAACAUAAGCAAUAACUGGGGCUUUUAUUAAAUUUAACAUAAACCAGUGCCUCUCACUAGCAGUUUUUUCUUCAUGUACAACUUGCAUUUCUAAAUUCAAAGCCCAGCCAUGUGUCUUGAUACAGUGAUAGAUGAACAUAAGAACGGCCAUACUGGGUCAGACCAAAGGU